AUGUCUGAUUCCGACCCUGGUCUAUCGCAGCCGCUAGGCGCCUAUGGACCCCGUACCGCAGAUCGCUCACCCGAGAUUGAAGUCAUUCCAAUAGGCGCCGAAGAUUUGCCUUCCGCACCUGUCGACAAGACACGUCCAGUUGCGGACGGCCUCCCCUCCGCCAAUCAAUCCUCGAAUCGGCCGUGCCAGUGUUCAACCCCUGCUACCGGGAGAAACCUCGUGGUGUGCAUCGAUGGCACGGCUAAUCAGUUCGGCAAGAAGAACUCUCAUGUCGUCGAACUAUACAGCCGUCUCAUCAAAGACGAGAAUCAGCUCACUUACUACAACAGUGGCAUAGGCACAUACGUGAAGGAGUCGAAGUGGUAUCCAUCGUAUUGGAAGCAGGGCUUCACUAACAAGGUGGAUCUGGCGAUCGCCUGGAACUUCAAAAAGAUUGUUCUGAGCGCGUAUCAAUGGCUUUCCGAGAACUACAAGCCCGGGGACAAGAUCUAUCUAUUCGGGUUCUCGCGCGGUGCUUAUCAGAUUCGCGUUAUUGCGGGCAUGAUCAUGACGGUCGGCCUCCUUCACAAAGGAAACAAUGAACAAAUAGAAUUCCCUAAACACGUCGAGGAGGCCUUGGAGCUCAGCGAACGCUUCAAAAAGGCGCUCUCCCAACGUAACGUCAAUGUUCAUUUUGUCGGAGCCUGGGACACGGUUUCGUCGAUCGGCUUUGCCCGUGGACCCGGUCUUCCAGAGACCACGACCGGCAUGACGCACGUGUGCAUCUUCCGUCACGCUCUUGCUCUGGACGAGCUCCGGGUAAAAUUCUUGCCCGAAUAUGCCAACGGAGGUCACGGGCCACGCACAGAGCCUGAGUCAAACAGGCAAGAUACACCAUCUACCAGUGCCGGCCUCGAUAGAAGUGCCGAGAAGGGUCGUAACGAUGAAAACACGAAACUGGACCGCUUUGGGCCUGCUUUGCAAUGGAUGACCUACGAAGCUCUUCUGUCUGGCGUUCGGAUGGAGCCAUUCAUAGGGAAAUGGCAAAAUUUCUCUCCUCAUCACUCGAUGAACUGGUUUUGGAGACUACUCGAAGGCAUGCCACUUCGUAGACUUUCGUAUGAUCCCACCAAGGAUAACGAGCACACCCGACGCUGGUAA